ACUGUUCUUCAGAACUAAGGACUGGUAGGAAGGGGUGAAUUACAAACCGAGAUUUUCAUUGUGGUAACGUUGGUACACCUUGGAAAGUGGUAGGGUGGUAUUGAUUAGAUCGAGCUCAAAAUGUAUGAGAAAUUGCGCUUGCUGCGAAAAGUUCAGAGGGUUGGUUAGGUUGAUUGGGUUGAGUGACGCGCUACCAGAGACACUCAAGCACUCAAGUAGUGCAAGUCAAAUGGAGAAUUGAAAGUGGCGGGGAGUGGUAAACGCUGUAAAGGGUGCUGCAGGGAUGCUUUUGGGUGUCAGAGGGUUGAGGAAUGUUUGACUAGAACAUUGACAUUGAAAAAGAUUGAAAAUGAAAUAAAUCUGUAACUGAAUAACAAUAUUUAUAGGAAUGGCUUUAAAAUACAUUACUCAUAUUGUAAAUUAAGGAAAACCCUAAUUUAAAAAAGGGAAGGUUAUAUUGUUUUAUAUAAUUAAUCAUAUUAUAAAUAAGUGUAAUUUUAUCCUAACUAAAAUGUUUUAUAUCUUAAUCCUUCUGUCUGUGUUUGGGGUAAAUGCUAAGAAUGCUAAUAUGACAGAACUAUUUGUGAUACCUAUUCAUCCUCAACACUUCAAUUGGACUUUGAAAGGUGCUGUAGAUGAGUUUUCAUAUCAUCCAUCACUUUUAAAUGCUCCUGAUCUUCCUCAAUGGAUACAUUAUGUCUACAGUAAAGUUCACCAUACUGGAUAUUUGUAUGGUGUACCCCCAAUCAAUCAACAUAAUUUGGAACUUGAAAUAGUUGGGCUGAAUCGAAGAACAUAUGAAACACGUCGCAAAGUUCUCCCUGUUAAUGUUCAUCGAAAAUCAGAAGUAGCUAAGUAUGAAGCUCAAUUAAAAAUUGACAAUUUAAACGUGGAGGAUAUGAUUGAUGAAAAUCGUCAGAGACGCUUACUGGAUGUAUUCAAGCUCAAACUCUGGCCAGAGAGUAAAAGCGAUCUGUAUGUGACAUUUCUUGCAUCAGCUGUUCAAUUAGGAGCUCGCCUACCUCUAAAACCUAAUGAAGGAGAAGGAGUUGUAUUGCGAGUGGGUAGCCAGUUUGAAUUUUCAUCAGCAUUGAUAGAAUUGCAAGAAGAGGUAAAACCUUUGUGGAAGUUAAUUUCUUGCCCUCGAGAUUUUAAAAGAACAACUGUUGAUCGUUUAUUUCGUGAAGAAGGUUUUGCCCUUGAUUGGUGUGCUUUUAGACUUAUGACAGUCAAGGAAACUGAUCAAUCUUUGUCUCAGCAGCAUUCCUCACAUGGAGAGUCUGAUUUAAUGGAAAGUCAUUUGACACUUGGCCUUGGUCAGAAUGAUAGGUGGUCUAGACCUGCCAAAUCACAAAUUCCUCAGCGUAGUUAUGUCCAUGAAUUUGCAUUCACCAUUUUAGUUCCAAUGUUGGUGAUGAUCUUGCUUGUUGUUUUACUUUCUCUCAUCCUAUGUUUUCAUCAUGAAGGCAUAAGCAAACGCAAUAAGGAAACUCCAGCUGUACAGAUGGUGCAGUACGCAGCUGUACAGCGUGCAACUCACACAUUGCGAUCUUUGUCAAGUCAAAGAGAGGUUUCCAACACACCAUCUGAAAUAUGCUCCACAACACUUUCUCGAUCUCGAACUGCAAGUCCUAACAGUUCCUUACCUCGUUCCAAUGCAACCAGGGGAGCAUCUGAUUGCAAUACUGUAUAUUGUCGCCCUAACCCACCACCAUAUAGUGGGCCUAAUAGAAAGCAAGUAGUUGCUGAGUGGUUGGCAUGACAACCUCCAGUUCACCUUUUGCUAAGCUCAACAGCUGUCUUCUGUAGAAAGCUCUCGUUUGGUUUGAACAAUAAAUAGGGUUUCACAGGAAGGGAUGGCAAAAAAGCAUUUAUGUUUUGCUUUCAAUGUUUUCUUCAGAUCAAUAUAUUUGUCAAAAAACAUAGAUAUUUUCAAAACAAAAUACUCAUGAUAUAAAUAAAAUUUCCCAAAUUUAUUUUAUUUGUGAAUUGCUUGCAAUCAACAGCCAUUAGAAAAUGUCACUGUUGACAAUCCCCAGGAAGCAUGUAACUUUUGCUAUUCACAACCUUUCUCCAGUGCUACCUUUUUUGAUUCUUUUGUAAGUGAUAACAUCAUGAAACUGCAUUUUGAACCUUGCUACAUAGAACAUUGAUAAUAAAAUUACGAUGAUAGUCAAUUUAUGGCAGAAUAUCCUUUAAACUAAUAUUGGAGAAUUUGCAUCACAUUAGAACCAGUACAUUUUACUUUGAAAUGUUUCAUCAUAUUUAAAAUAUUGAUAUUUUAAACAUUGAUGUUUUGCUAAAAUUUGCCAUCACUAUUCACAGGUAGUAUUUGAAUUUUUAGGUAUUCAUUUUUUAGUUGAUAGCAAAACAUCACAAAAUUUUAAAAUAGUAAUUUGUUCCAGAUUAGCUCCCCUUAGAGUGCUACAGUUUUACAGAGUUUUAUAUACCAAGUGUAGUAUUGAUGUAGUGAUAGAAAAAGGAUUAUAUUAUAAGGCUUGAAUAGUUUUGAAAUAUUUGUUAUGAUAAUAUAAUGUACAAAUAAGCACCAUUCUAAGUUAAAGUUGAGAUUUAUAAAACAUUUAAGCCUUGUGAUAGUUUUUCUGAGUGUAUCAAAUUAAACUUAUCUGAUUGGAACCAAGAACCAGUAGAUAAUUAAUGAAAACAUUGUAGUUAAUAUAAAAAUGUUUUGUUUAUGGUGCUACCAGUGUGAAGUCCAAAGUGUGAAUAUUAGGCUUAGAUAGAAGAAUGAGAGAUUUUCAUUGACAUAUUUAUUUACACUCACCUAUCUAAGAUCUUUAUUUUAAUUUUACAUGUCUAACUUCCUAUAUUAAAUGUCAUUUAUUACAUAUCUUAAUUAAAAAUCAACAAACUUCAAUGAGCACAUCUCAAACUAGUCAUCUACUAAUUUUUGUUUGCAAUCAUCUCUCAAUGUAUUUCUGGUAACCAAGUGUGGGUGAACUCUAAUAUACAUGGAUGACAUGUCUGUAUUUGCAGUUUGGAUAAUAUUUAUAAGGGGUUGCAAUAUAGUACACCCCCAACCAUGUAUUAGAACAGUCACCAACAUUUUGGAAUCCAAAUAAAAAUAUGUAAUAAGUUUCCAAAUUACAUAAUAAAAAUCUUUCUGUUUCUUUUAC